GUAGAGGAGGAGGAGGAAGAGUGAAGGAGGAAGAGGAGAGGAGGAGUAGGGUGGAUCCUAGCAGUAGCAGGAAUACCUACCGAUUCCUGAAUAGGAAAGUUGAGGAUCAUCGAGCUUGACGUGAUGAUAACGUGUAGGAUGAGGUUGGUGAGGUGGGCGAUAAUGAUGGUGGCAAGUAGGCCCUGCCGCAAUUGCAUCCUUCCCCUCCCCCUCUGUCGCCUACCUGGUGCUGUCGAGGGGUCGAUUUCAACACUGUGUGGGGGGUCUCUGAUUUCCCGGCGACGGUUUAACAAUGGCUCUCAUAGGGGGCAUGAUGGGUUUUACCCUUCGAACUGGACUGAGCGGAAGGAACAAGCGACCUCUGCUCGGUGCUUUGCUGCCAUGGCAGAGCAAUUCACAGCGCCAGCUGCAGGUCAAUCAAUGACGAGGGCUAACCAGUCGACAGUACCACCUGCAGGCCAAGCGACGGUGGUAAACGGGCUUACUUCUGCAGCGUCUUCUGCAGCAGAAGAUGCUUUGGUGUCUGAGCCUCGUCAUGACUGGACAAGAGAAGAGAUCCGGGCCAUCUAUGAAUCUCCUCUUAUGGACCUCAUUUUCAAUGCAGCCCAGGUUCAUCGAAGAGCACAUCGAUUCCGGGAAGUCCAGCAGUGCACACUGCUUUCAAUAAAGACAGGAGGAUGUUCGGAAGAUUGUUCUUAUUGUCCACAAUCAAGUCGAUAUGCCACAAGUGUAAAAGCAGAACGAAUGCUGGAAGAAGACAUUGUCUUGGAGGCAGCACGGAAGGCAAAGGAGGGUGGCAGCACCCGCUUCUGCAUGGGUGCAGCGUGGCGUGACAAUGUAGGGAGGAAAACAAGUUUCAACAAAAUUCUGGGCUACGUAAAGGAGAUAAGGUGAAGGAAUGUUUUCUCCCUAGAAUCCCAGAUUACUAUUACUAAUUUACUAUUAUAGUAUUCUUAUGUUAUGUUAUUAUUACUUUUUUAACUUAUUAAUAGUUAUUAGAAAUU